AUGGCUAGAAUUCCCAUCUUCUUGAUGGGGCUUGUUGUCAUCUGGGCAGCCUUGGCAGAAGCAAAGUACAUGAUCUAUAAAGAUUCAACAAAGCCCUUAAAUUCUCGCAUUAUGGACUUGAUGAGCCGGAUGACAUUAGAGGAGAAAAUUGGCCAGAUGACUCAGAUUGAACGGGGUGUUGCAUCAGCUGAGGUGAUAAAGGAAUACUUCAUCGGGAGUGUACUGAGUGGAGGAGGGAGUGUUCCAUCCAAACAGGCUUCUGCUGAGACUUGGAUCAACAUGGUGAAUGAAUUUCAAAAGGGUGCUUUAUCCACCCGAUUAGGGAUUCCAAUGAUUUAUGGAAUUGAUGCUGUUCAUGGACACAAUAAUGUUUACAAGGCAACUAUAUUUCCUCACAAUGUUGGGCUUGGAGCUACCAGGGACCCUGAACUUGUAAAGAGAAUUGGAGCUGCAACUGCACUAGAAGUUAGAGCUACAGGCAUUCCAUAUGUUUUUGCACCUUGUAUCGCGGUUUGUAGAGAUCCAAGGUGGGGUCGGUGCUAUGAAAGCUACAGUGAAGAUCCUAAGCUUGUUCAAGCAAUGACUGAGAUUGUCCCAGGAUUGCAAGGCGACAUCCCUGCUAACUCCUCAAAGGGUGUUCCCUUUGUUGCCGGAAAAAGAAAGGUUGCUGCUUGUGCCAAGCAUUAUGUGGGUGAUGGUGGAACAACAGAAGGUAUUAAUGAGAACAAUACACAAAUAAGCAGACACGGUUUGCUUAGCAUCCACAUGCCAGGCUACUAUAACUCGAUUAUCAAGGGUGUGUCAACUAUUAUGGUUUCUUACUCGAGCUGGAAUGGAGUUAAGAUGCAUACUAACCGUGACAUGAUCACUGGUUUUCUCAAGAACAUCCUUCGUUUCAGGGGUUUUGUCAUCUCAGAUUGGGAGGGUAUUGAUAGGAUCACUUCUCCACCCCAUGCUAACUACUCGUAUUCCAUUCAAGCAGGAAUCAGCGCUGGAAUUGACAUGAUCAUGGUUCCCAACAAGUACAAAGAGUUUAUUGAUGGCCUAACAUCCCACGUGAAAAAUAAAGUCAUCCCCAUGAGCCGAAUUGAUGAUGCAGUGAAGAGAAUUUUGCGAGUUAAAUUUGUGAUGGGUCUAUUUGAGAACCCAUUGGCUGAUACAAGUCUAGUCAAUGAGCUUGGUAGUCAGGAGCACAGAAAAUUGGCCAGGGAAGCUGUCAGGAAAUCACUUGUGCUGCUAAAGAAUGGCAAAUCUGCUGAUGAGCCAUUGCUACCCCUUCCUAAGAAAGCAACGAAAAUACUUGUUGCUGGAAGCCAUGCAGACAAUCUUGGUUAUCAAUGUGGUGGAUGGACAAUUGAGUGGCAGGGACGAAGCGGCAACAACCUCACGAGUGGUACCACAAUCCUAACUGCCAUAAAAAAUACUGUUGAUCCAAGCACAGAAGUUGUAUACAAGAAGAAUCCAGAUGCAGACUUUGUCAAGUCUAACAAUUUCUCUUACGCCAUCGUUUUAGUAGGAGAGCCUCCAUAUGCAGAGACAUUUGGAGAUAGCUUGAACUUGACCAUCUCUGAACCUGGCCCAAGCACUAUUCAAAAUGUCUGUGGAUAUGUGAAAUGCGCUACUGUCAUUAUUUCUGGUCGUCCUGUUGUAAUCGAACCAUACGUAAACUUGAUGGAUGCUCUCGUUGCUGCUUGGCUCCCUGGAAGUGAAGGCCAAGGCGUCGCUGAUGUUCUAUUUGGUGACUAUGGUUUCACCGGCAAGCUUUCACGAACAUGGUUCAAGACUGUUGAUCAGCUGCCUAUGAAUGUAGGAGAUCGACAUUAUGAUCCCCUCUUCCCAUUUGGAUUUGGCCUCACUACUAAUCCUACCAAGACCAUCUAG